AUGGCGAGCUCACGGUUGGAGAUAUUGAACGACGGGGGCCUUCGUCAUGACGCUAGGAGACCAUACGAGCUUCGCUCGCUAAGUCUUGAGCUAUCUACACACCCAAACGCCGAUGGCUCUUCAACCGUGUCUCAAGGUCUGACGACCGUCUCAGCGUCCGUCUUCGGACCGAGGGAACCUAAGCAAAGAGCCGGAAGUGUACACGACAAGGCGAGCGUCGUCGUGGAGGUGGGAGUUGCACCUUGGGCAGGAGCACGCGAAGUGAGACGGACACGAGGGGACAAACGACUGCUAGAGAUCGCCGCAGCUAUUCGACAAACGUUUGAACCUGUGAUCAUGACCCAUCUGUAUCCUCGUUCCGAAAUUGCAGUUCACAUUCAAGUCAUCUCAGCCGAUGGGGGCAUACUGCCCACCGCAAUCAACGCCACGACUUUGGCUCUGGUAGACGCUGGCAUAUCACUCAUCGAUUAUGUGACAUCACUCUCUCUCGGUCUGCAUCUCACACAACCCCUCUUGGAUCUAUCCGCACCGGAAGAAGCAGACCUCCCUACACUCGUCGUUGCCGCUUUGCCCAGCGGAAAAGUCACUCUAGCUCAAAUGGAGACCCGUCUGCACGUCGAUCGAUUCGAAGAAAUGUUGACACUCGGCGUCGAAGGCUGCGGCGUGUUGAAGACGGAAAUGGACCGCGUGGUCAAGGACCGGACAACUCGCGUCGUCGAACGAAUGGACAAGGUAAUUCAAGGUCGAAUCACCGGCGAUUGA